AUGCGGCCGCAGCUGUAUCGUGCGGCCGCCCGGCUCAUCCGGGUUCCAAAGGUCAACCAUCUCAGGACCUUCGCAACGACGUUCCCUCGCUCUGCCGAGGUGGAACUCACUAUCGAUGGAAAGAAAGUUUCGGUAGAAGCUGGCUCGGCUCUCAUCCAAGCUUGUGAAAAGGCAGGUGCGACAGUACCCAGAUAUUGUUACCACGAGAAGCUUUUGAUUGCAGGUAACUGCCGUAUGUGUCUCGUCGAAGUCGAACGGGCCCCUAAGCCUGUGGCAUCAUGUGCUUGGCCUGUGCAGCCUGGCAUGAACGUCAAAACCAAUUCGCCACUGGUGCAUAAAGCUAGGGAAGGAGUGAUGGAGUUUCUUCUUGCCAACCAUCCCCUGGAUUGCCCAAUUUGCGAUCAAGGUGGAGAGUGUGAUCUCCAGGACCAAUCUAUGCGGUAUGGUGCUGACCGUGGACGUUUCCACGAGGUCGGAGGCAAGCGUGCUGUCGAAGACAAGAAUAUCGGGCCUCUUGUCAAAACCUCUAUGAAUCGCUGUAUUCACUGUACGCGUUGUGUUCGAUUUAUGAAUGAUGUUGCCGGAGCCCCCGAACUCGGCACCACCGGCAGAGGAAACGACAUGCAAAUCGGUACAUACUUGGAGAAGAACCUCGACUCCGAGCUUUCUGGCAAUAUCAUCGAUCUUUGUCCAGUUGGAGCUCUUACCUCCAAGCCUUACGCUUUUCGUGCUCGCCCCUGGGAAUUGAAGCACACUGAGUCUAUUGACGUGCAUGACGCUUUGGGGUCGAACAUAAGAAUAGACACUAGAGGCAUGGAGGUGAUGCGGAUACUUCCGAGGCUGAACGAUGAUAUCAACGAGGAAUGGAUCAACGACAAAUCUCGGUUUGCUUGUGAUGGCCUUAAGACUCAAAGACUCACCACGCCCCUAAUUCGUCGGGAAGGGAAAUUUGUUCCCGCGACUUGGGAGCAAGCUUUGUCCGAGAUUUCAUCAGCCCAUCAGCGACUUCAUGUGACGGAAAAUGAGUUCAAGGCUGUUGCCGGGCACCUUGUCGAUGCCGAAACCUUAGUGGCCAUGAAGGAUCUGGCCAAUAAGCUUGGGUCCGACAACCUUGCUUUGGAUCAGCCAGGUGGCAGUUCCCCGGUUGCGCACGGUGUUGAUGUUCGCUCCAACUAUCUUUUCAACUCCAAGAUCUAUGGAAUUGAGGAGGCCGAUGCAAUCCUUUUGGUCGCCACGAACCCUCGCCAUGAAGCUUCCGUUCUCAAUGCGCGUAUUCGCAAGCAAUAUCUUCGCUCAGAUCUUGAAAUUGGGCUUGUUGGCGAGGAAUUCGAAAGUACUUUCGAAUUCGAGCACCUUGGGGCAGACGUUUCCGCUUUGAAAGCUGCUCUUUCUGGAAAGUUCGGAGAGAAGCUUUCUAUGGCCAAAAGACCUAUGAUCAUCGUUGGCAGUGCUGCGGCCGAACACCCGGAUGCCAAAGUGAUUUUCGAGUCCAUCGGCAAUUUUGUAGAGAAACACGCUAACAACUUCAUUACUUCGGAAUGGCAAGGAUACAACGUUCUCCAACGCGCAGCAUCCCGUGCAGCUGCCUAUGAAGUAGGCUUCACUACGCCAUCUCUAGAAAUUACCCAGAGCAAGCCCAAGAUGGUUUGGCUUCUUGGUGCUGAUGAAGUCGCCCAGAGCGAAAUCCCUAGUGACGCCUUUGUCAUCUACCAAGGGCAUCAUGGUGAUAGGGGCGCUCAGCUUGCGGAUGUUGUUCUACCCGGCGCAGCGUACACUGAGAAGUCAGGGACCUACAUCAACACAGAGGGUCGUGUCCAAGUUACUCGAGCUGCAACUUCUUUGCCUGGGGCUGCCCGCGAUGACUGGAAGAUCAUACGUGCUGCCAGUGAAUUCCUUAACAUACCUCUUCCUUACGAUGAUAUUGAGGCCCUGCGCGACCGUAUGGAAGAGAUCAGCCCUGUCAUGCGCCGAUAUGACGUGGUUGAACCAACAUCGUUGAGCUCAUUGAGCAAGGUCCAACUAGUUGAUCAGAACAAGGGCACUCAAUCCACUAAUACGCCUUUCAAGAAAGUCAUCAAUGAUUUCUAUUUUACUGACUCAAUUUCCCGGAGUUCCCCGACUAUGGCUCGCUGCUCUGCCGCUAAGGCUACCGGAAAUCCGGAGACAAACUUCAUGGCUGCUGGGGAGAUGUCCUCGAAGGCUUUGUACGGCUAG